AUGAAAGAGUGGUGUAAAAUGGGCAUGAAAGAACAAUGGGAAAAGACAAAAGCCGAAGUUCAGACAAAAGGUUUCUGGAAAGGUGUGCGGUGCGAGUUUCUAGGAACUCUGCUAUACGUUGUGUUCGGAUGUGGGGCUGCCGUUCUACGAAAUCACCCGAUAGAAGCCGAUUACUACUACUCAUACGAAACAAAGACAGCUGUUUCUUUCGGACUGUCCGAAUCUGUUCUUGUCCAGUCCUUUGGCCAUGGAAGUGGCGGCCAUUUUAACCCAUCAAUCACUAUUGCCAUGUUGUGCGCGCGCUACAUUACGAUAGUCAAGGCCUUGACCUAUUUACUGGUACAGAUGGUCGGAGCCUUGGCAGGGGCUGGGAUCCUUUACGGGCUCACCCCUACAAAGUAUCAAGGGAACCUUGGCGUGACGAUGCCUCACAGAGACGUGGACAAAGGGCAAGCAUUUGGGUUCGAAUUUCUCGCAACUUUUGUCGUUGUGUUUUGUUAUUUUUCUACAUUGGAACUUAAGAGGGAUGUAUUGGUACCGAAGGCCCUCACAUGCGGAUUAGCAGUUUGUCUUUCACAGAUAUUUGCAAUCAGAUACACCGGAGCUAGCAUUAAUCCCGCCCGGUCCCUAGGUCCUGCCCUCAUUAUGAACAUAUGGACAGACCACUGGGUUUACUGGGUUGGUCCAAUACUUGGUGGGAUACUCGGUGGAUUUACUUUCGAAUACACCAAAGAUUCGUCUAAACAAUUCCAGAACUUUAAGUUUUCGUUGCGACAAAAGGUUUACAGUUUACAGCGAAAGGAAGAAUGUGCAAGUACCAACUCCCUAGCAACGGAACUAGCGUGUGACCAUGACACGGCAACGGAAGAACUUCAGAUAUGA